AUGGAUUCAACUCGUGUGGAGAUCAAUGUGCAAUCUCAAGAUGAGAUGGACUUGACCGAUGAUCAAAUUCAACAGCUACUGCUUGAAGCUGAAGGCCGUCUUCGCGGUUCUGGCGCUCAACUCGCCCCAGACUCCGACGUUGCGUCUUUAAGGAUUCCCAAAUUAUCCUCAGGCACCUCCCUUGAGCCCUAUGUUCGCCAAGGCGAUGAGAUUGCCACUGUCGAUUCGGCCCAGCUGGUCGAUCCUAAACAGAAGGAGUUGGCCAAUUCCAUACACUUGAUUAAGCAAGCCAAAACCCCUAGUAAAGAAAAGGCCACCGCUGGACCCCAGUGGUUCGACCUCCCCAAAACGGAGUUGACUACCGAACUCAAAAGAGAUCUGCAAUUGUUGCGGAUGCGCUCUGUGCUGGAUCCCAAGAGGCACUACAAGAAAGAGAAUGGAAAGGCGAAACUGCCUGAAUUCUCUCAGGUCGGAACCAUCAUUGAAGGUCCCACCGAGUUCUUCAGCGGCCGCAUUGCCAAGAAGGACCGCAAGAAGACCUUUGUAGCAGAAGCCAUGGCCCAGGAACGGGAAACCAGACGCUUCGAGUCCAAGUAUCGCGACAUUCAAACCACCAAGCAGAGUGGGAAAAAGGCCUUUUACAACAACCUACGGGCACAGCGAAACCGGAAGAUUAAGUGA